AUGGACCCCAACAUCACUCGGAUCAAUUCAUACUGGUUUGAUACCGAAAAUCCCAGGCAAAAAUGGUUCGGUGGCAGUCCCGAAAUUGACGCAGAAAUCCAGUCCCAAUUCUCGGACCUGAUCUCCGACGCCCGGGCCUCGAGGCUGAACUCUUGGACCGAACAACCUCAAGGAACUCUUGCACUGCUACUCCUCCUCGAUAAUUUUCCACGGAACGUUUUCAGAGGCACACCAGAUGCGUUUAGCUCGGAUGGGAUGGCGCUCGAUGUCGCCGUUACAGCUAUCGCCAGGGGCCAGCACAGGGAGCUUGCGCCCUUGCAGCAGAUCUUCUUUCACCUCCCGUUCACCCACGAUGAACGGUUGAUCAGCCAGGUUGCCUGCGUGGCGCUGUGUGAGGCGAUGGCUGCGAGGAGUGAGUUGGACACGGAAAAUGUGAAGUUUGCUGAGGCUUCACUGGGUUCUGCGAAGAACCAUCUGAAUAUCAUCAUGCGAUUCGGAAGGUUUCCAGGAAGGAAUGCGGCAUUAGGCCGUGAGUCGACGCCAGAGGAGAUUGAGUUCUUGAAAGAACAUCCAUUUGGUCUUUGAGUGGAAUAUUAUUCCCAAAUACGCAUCGGUCACGUGGCGUGUAGGGCGGAUGGAGGAUAUCCACUUCGUUGAAGCCCAAAUGAAUGCUAUCUCCUUCUCGAGCUCUGAUUGAUGGAAUCCGACUCUUAACUUGAUGUUCAUUUAUGCUUAUUUGCGCCAACCAUUUCGGCAGUGUAUUCGCGGCACGUGUGGCAGGCUAAAUUUGAGAACACCACGGAGGCCGGAAACCACACUUACCGACUGCUUUGUACACUUUAUUUUACGAAACCCCACUUUCUAAUCUAUUUAACCGCGUUA